UGUGGAAGCGCAUGCGUUGUCAUAUACGAAUCUCCAUCGUCUUGUUCAGAAGUAUGAUCAAUUCAUAUUUCCAUGUUUUGCACGCAUCGCCCACCGUACUUCGAACGAAUUCUCUCCAUAUUACCAAUCUAUAAUCCAUAUUUGGUUGCAAUAGUUGCAGAGUAGUCGCCAUUAUUUAUCUUGAAAUGUCGAGCAUGGCCUACGCUUAUCUUUUCAAGUAUAUCAUCAUAGGCGACACAGGAGUAGGAAAAUCAUGCCUUCUCCUUCAGUUUACAGACAAACGGUUUCAGCCAGUUCAUGACCUGACUAUUGGUGUGGAGUUUGGAGCUCGCAUGAUUAUGAUUGACAACAAACCCAUCAAGCUACAGAUCUGGGAUACAGCAGGACAAGAGUCUUUCCGAUCAAUAACCAGAUCAUAUUACAGAGGAGCUGCUGGGGCUUUGCUUGUAUAUGAUAUAACAAGGAGAGAAACAUUCAAUCACCUCGCAACCUGGUUGGAAGAUGCACGACAACAUGCAAAUGCAAAUAUGACAAUAAUGCUUAUUGGAAACAAAUCUGAUCUAGCACACAGGAGGGCUGUCAGCUUUGAGGAAGGACAACAGUUUGCAAAGGAACAUGGACUAAUAUUUAUGGAGACUUCUGCAAAAACUUCUCAAAAUGUUGAGGAGGCAUUUAUUGACACUGCAUCAAAAAUUUAUCAUAAGAUUCAGGAUGGUGUAUUUGAUAUAUCCAAUGAGGCAAAUGGUAUAAAAGUUGGAUAUGCUGGUGUUGGACAAGGUGGAGCAAAUAGAGAUACACUCGCUACCCAGAGAGGAGGCUGUUGUAGUUGAGUAUUUGAUAGUUCCAGCCUCCAGGGAGAUGUGCAUAUUGGAGUUUGCCCGUAAUAAGUGGAUUUACUGUGUUGUAUUGUGUAAUAAGAAUUUUAUAUUUAAGAUACUAUUCAGUUUUAAUAUUAUUUUGUUUAGGUGGCAAAAUAUGCCUUCGUAUUUGUUGUACAGAGAUCGAUUUGUACCCAGCAAAAGUGAUUUAUUUUUGCAGGAAUUCUUGUUAUAUUUGUAUAUUCCUGUAACUGUUUUUGUUAUCGAGAGAGCAUAAUUUUUUUGAUGUAAAGUAACAGUACAUUAUGCGUGGUUGAGAAUUGGAAUUUUUAUGUAAGGCUGCAUCGAUGGUAUUCUCUAUUCUUGAUGAAGCCAGUGUUGUAAUCGAUCUGUUCAAAAUUUUGUAAGAUUGUGCAA